CAAUCACGUGUUUGGAGAUCAAAGGAGAUCUGCUUUGUAGGGUGGGGGUGAGAAAGAGAGGAGAGUUAGAGAAAGAGGGAGGGAGGGAGGGAGAGAGAGUGUAAUUGACGAGGCUGCAGUGGUGAAUAAACGCGCUCCGGUCUCGCUGCAGCUUUUAUUGCACAAUUCCGGGUCCGCUGCGUUUCGUUCGCCUUUUCGACCGUUCCGAACAGACUCGAUUCCUUCGAUCCAUCCGAUCAGCCUUGGAAACUAUGUUCCGAUCGGCGCAGAUCCAGCCGGCAAGAUGAUGCUGUUCCCUCUGCGCCUGGCCCUGGACCCCGACUCGGUGGUCCUGGUGAUCUUCGUGGUCUCCACGUCACUCGGCUCCGUGGUCGCUAAGGACACCGCGUUUGUGGAGGUGGUUCUGUUCGAGUCGAGUCCCAAUGGAGAUUACACCACGUACACGACCGGGCUGCAAGGACGCUUCUCCAAAGCUGGGGCCACUAUCAGCGCGGAGGGGGAGAUUGUCCAAAUGCAUCCCCUGGGACUGUGUAACAACAAUGAUGAUGAGGACCUCUAUGAGUAUGGAUGGGUAGGAGUGGUGAAGCUGGAGCAACCCGAGCUGGACCCGAGCUGUCUCACCGUGCUGGGAAAGGCAAAAAGAGCUGUUCAGAGGGGGGCAACUGCUGUCAUCUUUGACGUGUCGGAGAACCCAGAUGCUAUCGACCAGCUGAACCAGGUGGGCGAGGACCCCCUUAAGCGGCCAGUGGUCUACGUCAAGGGAAACGACGCCAUGAAGCUGAUGAACAUCGUGAACAAGCAGAAAGUCGCCCGCGCUCGCAUACAGCACAGACCCCCCAAGCAGCCCACGGAGUACUUUGACAUGGGCAUAUUCCUGGCCUUCUUUGUAGUCGUUUCCUUGGUCUGCCUUAUCCUGCUCAUCAAGAUCAAACUGAAACAAAGAAGAAGCCAGAGCUCUCUGAACCGGAUGGCCAUCCAGGCUCUGGAGAAGAUGGAGACGCGCAAGUUCAAGGCCAAGGUCAAAGGUCAGCGGGAGAGCAGCUGUGGGGCAUCUGAUUGGCUGAGCAGCAGCUCCACCUCAGACUGUGCCAUCUGCCUGGAGAAGUACAUUGACGGGGAGGAGCUGCGAGUCAUCCCGUGUGCUCAUCGCUUCCAUAAGAAGUGUGUGGACCCCUGGCUGCUGCAGCACCACACCUGCCCCCACUGCAGGCACAACAUCCUCGAACAAAAGAAGGGGACCCCCGGGUCGGUGUGCAUGGAGCCGGCCAGCUCAGUCCACAGCCGCCAGCAGAGGGUAGUGCUGCCCGUCCACUACCCAGGCAGGGUGCACCGCGCUGGGCAGGUGACGGCAUACCCCACCCGCACCAGCAUGGACCCCCACGGCAACCCCAUCACUGUGCUGACGGUGGACCAGCAUCCGGACCCCCAGGGUCUCUACCCGGCUCAGUCCACCUCUGCAGCCUUCCUCCGCAGCUACCAUCCCACACUACACCUGGACCACUCACUCAACCCCCACCACUGUGGGCUGGAGCACCGCGGACCCCCCGCCUACCCUGCUGCGCAGCCCCCCCACCACACGGCCUUCAAGAGACCCAAGUUCCACGGCGGACGCAGCUUCUCGCGGGCCACCUGCUUCUCGCAGUACGAGACCAUGUACCAGCACUACUACUUCCAGGGCCUUACGUUCCCCCAGCCACCCGACGGGGCCCAGGGACCAGCCAUGGCGGGGCUGCUGAACGGCGGGGCGGGCCCCCACAAGGGCCACCACGGCAGGGCCUUUCAGCAGGGCCUGCUGUAUCCAACAGUGAUGCACAUGGGGCCGGCCUCCAGCUCACGGAUGGCCGACACGGGGAGCGUGUCGGGCCUGGGCUGUUACCACGGCCACCGCUCGGUGUGCAGCGGCUAUCUGGCGGACUGCCCCGGCAGCGACAGCAGCAGCAGCAGCUCGGGCCAGUGCCACUGCUCCUCCAGCGACUCCAUGCUGGACUGCACCGAGGUCAGCAACCAGGGCGUGUACGGCAGCUGUUCCACCUUCCGCAGCUCGCUGAGCAGCGACUACGACCCCUACGUCUACCGCAGCAAGAGCCCCUGCAGGACCUCGGCGGGGGCGGAGACGGGCGCAGUGCCAGCUGACGACUCGCUCAGCCCCGCCCCCUCGGGACACGAGUGCCCGCCGGGCCAGCCCGCCGGGGCGCCAGGGGGCUGCAGCCUGGAGGCCAACCAAAGCAGUCGUUCAUCUCUGGAGACCCGGGAGAGCGGGGGGGCUUCGUCAGCAGGGGUCCCGCCUUGCGCAGCGGACCGGGGGAGCCGGGCUCUGGAGGAGUCGGGGGACCCUGGGCCUCCGGGGCCCGGGACCUGUGGCUGCUGCUUGGAGGGACCCCCUCCAAAUGCCGAGCGCAAGGUGCAGGACCGAGGGGGGCCGAUGGGCCGGGGCUGUCGCUUAGGGGCGGAGUUUCAGAGCGCCGCCUUGAAGAAGUGUUUUGCCCCUGAGCACAUGUGCCCGCCAUCGGAGCAGGGGGGGUACGAUGGGGGGCCCUGCUGCUUCUACAAGGAGAGGAAGGUGCACCGCGUGGCGCGCUAUGCCGAGGACUACGCCGUCAACGUGCUGUACGCGCACACAGACUCAGAUGCUUGCUCUGGGCAGGGACGCUGUGAACUUAGCCAGAGAAUACCCAUAAUUCCCGAGGACACAGACUAUGAGUUGGGUGCAGCGACAGAGACCCUCUUGCCGGCCAAUGGGACGACGGAGGCAGAGGCCCAAUCAGGGAGGCCGCAGGCGGACAGGAGGGCGGGGUACUUGUCCUCGGGACAGUUCAUAGGUCAGGUGUACCCACAGGAGGAGGAGAGGAGGGCCCUGGUCCAACCCCAUGGCCCAACAAGCAACAAGGAAUCGGGAAGCAAUACAUUUUCAAGUGAACGGGGACUGUAAGGACUUAGCAUUUAUACUGCCACGUCGAUGUUACAAUGCAAGCCAACCGGUCAAUCAGGCGAUCAAAUUAAAGCCCUUAGUUGCCUUGCAGUCGCCUUUUUUGCAAAACUCUGAAUGUUAGCGUUUUUGAUAGUGUAAUAUUUCUACUGAAAAUGAUGGUUGGCAGAUACACAGUUUAUUCAAUUCAGUACUAGGGCUACAAAACGUCUCGAGACAUGGACCAGCUGGUACUAAAAGCUUUGUUGGGGCCUCGUAACACAAACUGGAGCAGCUUGGACACAAUGCCCCUCUCCAAGGGUUCUGCCGUCACAUAAUGGUAACCAGGGUUCUGCCAUCCCAUAAUGGUAACUAGGGUUCUGCCAUUCCAUAAUGAUUACAACGUUUCUGCCAUCCCAUAAUGGUAACAAGGGUUCUGCCAUCCCAUAUUGGCGUUGUAACUGGUCCCCUACUUUCAUUUGUAUGCUUGUCACUUGAAAUCAAGCUUCCUUUUUUUGUGCAACUGGUUUGAUUUAGAUCUUUCACUUCAUGUAACUUCAUCAUCAUGUGUUUACGUGAAAAUUGAAAAGGCUAUAAUGCUUCAUCAACCACAAACUCGAGUAGAAACCGCUGUAUGGAUGAGCUUCACCAGAACUCAAAGAAAUGAGCUGUGUUCGUAAUCGUUCCCUAUUCACUCACUCACUAUUCGCUAUAUAGUGUUUAUGAUAUAGUGAACUAUAUAGGGAACGAACAAACGAGAAUUCGGACACUACGCUAAACAUUAAAAAAAAAUGAAUGAAAUUAACCACUGAGAAUUUGAACACCACUACAAAAUGGCGAGCACCCUAUAUAGUGCACUAUAUCCGUGAUAGGGAAAGAUUUCGAACACAGCUAAGGUCUCUUUAUAAGAUCUAGGUAAAGCCUGCCAUGUUUGAUACAUUUUGAAAAGACCGGUUUUCUCUCUUGAGAAAAGUAUAAAGCGAUCGAUAGGAAUUGGAAACUAAGCAUAGAAAUGGUCAUGCAUAAACGCUGCUUGUCUCAGUACUGUGUGACACGUUGUACCUUCAGGUUACUGCGGUCCAUUUCUAUCCAGCUGUGGCCUACUCGUGGACGUGCCAGUAUAACUCAUAAGCCUUAUGCUAUCAUAGCUUUCCUUAAAACCCAUGCGGACAGUUUCCGUCGGUAAGAAGACCCCUGUAGUCGACAGAGGGCCGGGCGGUCGGACAGACGGCUGCGCGGUCGGACAGACGGCUGCGCGGUCGGACAGACGGUCGGACAGACAGGGGGCCGGGCGGUCGUACAGGGGACCGGGCGGUCGGACAGGGGGAGGCGUGAUUGGAUAGAAAGCCGUCUGAGGAAAGCAGUUUCUAAAGGGCUAUUGUAUUUCUUUGAAAUGUGGAGUUUAGCUCUUACAUUUAUUUUAUUUUUUACUGUCACUUAUCAAAAUGUCCUCCACAAGGUAUGCUCUUGUUUAUGUGCGGCUCUUAAGGUUCUUGUGUGUUUCAAAAGGCCAAAGGAAAGGAUCAGGAAGACUCAUGGUUCAUAAGGGUUACUUUUUGUAAUGUGAUUUAUUUUGUUUUAUUAUUUUGCAUUGCAGUUACACAUACCACAGUGUCUCCCUAUCAUACAGUACUACACAAGCUGUCGAUAUCAACACUCUACUUUAUACAGACCUAUGUUUGUCCUGCAGACUGUUUUGAUACUGUUUCUAUGAAAUGUACUCAUUCUCUUGACAGAGGAAAAACCUCCUAAAAUAACCCUAUUUAUAUGAUAACCCAGUGCUGUAAUCAAGUGAGAAUCUAAUCUUGCCUUUUGCAUAGAGGUUUCUGUACCUACUGCAGAUAUAACAUUUUUGGGUAAUUAAGUCACUAUUUAAUUUUUUUGGGUUAUCGUUUCUAGCACUUAAGAAUAUUAAAAUGUGUACAAAAUAAUAUUUUUUAUUUUUUUUAAGAAUAUAAUUAUUUUCCGUCAUUAUCAUUACAAAUGUUAUAAAAGUCUAGAAAUCCAUCUGUAUAUUUCUGUUCCUGUAUAGCAACACGUUUCAUAAAUGGAAAUAUGUUCUCCGAAUAUUUAUUUACUAAUAUAUUUAUCUUUAAGCCAUGCCUUAUGUUCCGAGUGUAUGAACAUUUUGGAGAUAUUGGUUGAUUUUUAUUUUGAGGAAAAUCACUAACAUGAGACUUUGUAUAUACAUGGUAAUUGCACACAAGACAAUUAAAUCUCUAUGACCAAAAAACUGAUUUUAAAACUUUAGUAUGAUACAGUUUUGUAAUUAAAGUGUACAAAGAUCUGUAAAAUAUACAGUUUUAUUCAAGUAAAACUCAAGUUGUGGUGUGUUUUCUUCAACAGCAUGCACUGAUCAUUCAGUUCUAGUUUGGAACAAGAACUCGUUCGGCCAUCUUGCUUUUUGACCAAACAUUCUAGAAUUACCAAGCAACCAUUUAUUAUUAUAUUUAAAGUAUUAUGAUGGAGAAAAUAACCAAGAGGUCAGCUUACAAGGUGAGUGACAGCACAUGAAACACUUUAACUGGAAAGUUAGUCUCUAGACCGCCCUAUUUCCAUGGAUAGAGCAGAGAAUGUACAGUUAAUUCCCCAGACGGGAUGGCCUGAAAGUUUUAAUGUGAACACUGAAUUACUUAGAUUUUAUUCAAUACAUUUCCAAACAUCCGAAAAUAAAACUUUCUAUGAUUAGAACCUCAUAUUUGGGCUAGGUUUCCGGGUUUGGUAUUUGGUUUUAGGGUUUGGUUAUAGUGUUAGGGUUUCCUAUCUUGGUUAUGGUUUGUCUCGUAUUCUUAAUAU